AGGUCUGGAGUUGUGCCUAGAAAUUAAGCCAAGACCUCUGGCUAAUGUUAUCGUCUCAACAUGUAUUCGAGUAUGACCUCACAAUGUUGCACCUGUGCCAUUUGAGUUCGUAGCUAUGGUAACUUUUAAAAGCACCAAUUAAAAACAACAUUUAUUUUCAAACUAUUCGUGGUGCAAGACGGCAAUGCAUUAGACCGAGCAGCUGACAUGAAAAGAAUGAUGACCCCCCCGAGCGAUGACAGUGACGUAAGCGAUCAGCGCCACCCCAUGAAGACACGCUGCGCUGGUGGCCAGGGAGGAGACAGCCCCGGCAUGGACCCGAAAAAAUGGAUCACCUUCAAAGACCUCCAUGACCGGGUCACGCAGCUGCUCUCCACUAAGCUCAACCCCUGUAACAUCAAGCAGUGCAAGUCCAAACUGGACAUCCUCAAUAAGUGCUCCUAUUACCUGGAGGUCAUGCGCCAGGACACACUCCACCAACCAGACCUGCAGCAGAACUACCUGUCCAACUCCACCAUCCUCCACCUCAUCGAUCCCUGGAAGUUCCAGCGGAUGAAGAAGCUGGGCCACAGCCAGGUGCAGAUCCAGCUGAGCCUGCUGGAAGAGCUCUACGAGCAGUUCUGUAAGGGCAAAGUGGAAAUGGAGGCUAUAGCCAGCCAGAGCGACUAUGGCGAUCAAGAGGUCGCCCACAUAAAUGAGAGGAUAGCGCAUCUCAUUAAGGCGUUCACGGACUUUGACUCGACACUGAUGCCCGGGGAGCUGCACACAAAGCACCGGCUCAUCUCCGAGACGGGAAACGCCAAGGUACCCCAGAUCCAUUUGAGGUUGUCCGUCAAAAUGCCCGUGAUGUUCGACACGUCACGCUCGGAGGCUCUGGCUGACUGUGCCCGGCUGCACUGGGAAAUGGCCGGGCAGGAGCAGCAGGAGCCUGGGGAACAGUUUGAGAUCCGCUACAAGCUCCUCCAGCCGACCAACACGGAGGAAGGGAACCAGCUAGGAACGGUGACCUGCAACUCCUACUGCAUACAGGUCAACAACCUGUUGCCGCAAAGGUGCUACGAGUUCACAGUGAAGCGGGCUGACGCCUGCUGCCUGGUCUACGGGUUCUGGAAUGACACCAUGGUGCUCAGAACCAUGCCACUAUCCCCAGGGGGCUUCACCGGGAGCCAGGAGAAGAGGAGGAGGCUGUUCCCCUGGUAAAGGGCUAGCGUGGCAUGAGUGCAUAGCAAUAUGAAUAUAAAGACAUUUUAAUUUUUUUUAUCUCUCUAAUAAAAGACAUUGUCAAGA